AUGUCCCGAAGUGUAAACGUGUAUUUUUUAAAAUAAAUAAGAAAAAAAAAUACACCAGGUCUUAUAAAAUUUUUUAAUAAAAAUUCGUGUAAAUUACUUCUCAACAUUUUUAAGGUUUUAAAGUCAAAAACGACAAUUCUGUUAGUCACAAGAGUAGUGAAGUAUAAAAUCAUUAAAAAAAAAAAACAAAAAAAAAUUCAAGAAAUAAAUGAAAAACAAUAAUAAUAACAAAAAUAUCAAUAAUAAAUAAAAGAAAAAAAACAAGCAUAAACUGGUUAUACAGGUAGAGAAUUUUAACACUGGAAUAAAUUAAAAAAAUACACAGAAAAAAAAUACAAAAUAAUAAAAAAUGAGUACUCCACCACCGCCAUCUGUUACAAAUGCUGAUCCAUUGAGAGUACAUCAAAGACUUUGCCAUGUUAUUAAAAGACCUAAUUUUGAUGGUUAUGGUUUUAACUUACAUUCCGAAAAAGGUAAACUUGGUCAAUAUAUUGGUAAAAUUGAUGAAAAGUCACCAGCUGAAGCGGCUGGCCUAAAAGAAGGUGAUCGUAUUAUAGAAGUAAAUGGUGUUAAUAUUGGAUCAGAAACUCAUAAACAGGUGGUUCAAAGAAUAAAAGCAAUAGCAAAUGAAGUCCAAUUAUUAGUAAUUGAUCCACAAAAAGAAAAUGAAAUUUUACAAAUGCAAAAAACUGUUUUAAAUGCAACUGCAAUAACAACAAAAACAUCUAAUAUAGCACAAUCAGAUUCAGAUAUAUUAACAUCAUCAACAAUAACAAUCAAAUCAACUUCAACAAUAUCAUCGCCAACCAAAGAAAGUAAUAAAAUAUCAAUGUCAACAUUUGCAGCAAAACAACCGACGCCUCCACCCUCAUCAUCAAUAUCAACAACAACUACAUCUUCUAUACCACUAACAAGAAUACAAACAGAAGAAUUACAAUCAUCAUCAUCAAUGCCAUUGCCAUUAUCAUCAACAUCUUCAACAAUAAUAAAGAGUGAUGGUGGUGUUAAAACAUCAACAAUAAUAACCGAACAAGAAGUGGAAAAAAUAACAAAGACAACAACAUCAUCAUCAUCAUCUCCUCCAUCUUUACCAAAAUUAUUCCCUGCAACACAAUUCACAACAAUUAAAAAUAAUAAUGACAAUGAAAAUAUUGAUGAUGAUAAUAAUGAUGAUGAUAAUGAUAAUGAUGAGAUAGAUUCAAAAUUAAAUAAUAAUGGUGCCAAUAAUAAUAUUAUGAUGGUUGAUACAAGUAGUCAUCAUCAUAAUAAAAAUAAUAAUAAUAAAUAUGAUGAUAAUAAUGAAUAUACAUCAAAUAAUAAUAAUAAUAUCAAUAGCAGUUCAAUUAAUAAUAUACAUUUAAAUAAUAAUUUAAAUAAAAAUAUAAAUUAUAGUAAUAAUUAUAAUAACAGUAAUCAUCAUCAUCAUGGAAAUUAUCAAUAUAAUGAAAAUAUUGAUUAUCAAAAUUCAAAUAUAAUUAAUGAUAAUAAUUCAUCAGCAACUACAACAACUACAACAAUAGUAACAUCUUCCGGGCAAUCAUCAUCAUCAUCAAAUAAUAAAAUCAAUAAUAAUAAUCAUAAUAUUCAUAAUAAUAAUAAUGCCAGUAAAAAUAAAGAUGAUAUUAAAGAAAUAACAAAAAAUUUUCAACAAACAAUUACUGUUGAGGAACAAAAUAAUCGAAAACAACAACAACAUGAUCUAGAUAAUAAUGAUUAUAGUCAACAGAUCAAAGGUUUAAAUAUUAAUAAUAAUCAUAAUAAUCGCAUGGACAAUUUAUCAAAAAAUUCAGACGAACUUCAACAGAAUAAAUCAAAAGUUCAACAACCAUUGGAUAGUAAUCAACAACAACAGCAGCAACAACAACAACAGCAUCAACCACAACAAAAGGAUGAACAGCAAAAUGAUUCAAAACAAAAACAAUUACUUAAUUUACCAAUGACAGCAGCUGAAAUGCGUGCUAAAUUAAUGGCCAAAAAGAAAUAUGAUCCAAAAAAUGACGCUGUGGAUUUAAGAAAAAAAUUUGAAAUAAUUCAAAAAUUAUAAAAAAAAUACUUUUAUCAUAGCAAAGCAACACAAAAAAAAAAUAUAUAAAAAAGACAACCUUUUUCGUCCCCCUCCCCCCUUCUCCAGAAUUUAAAUAUUGUAGUAAUAUUAGGGCUCAGGUAUAGGCAUGCAAUUUUUAGUUUCGCAAUUACUGCUUGAUUGUCAACUCAAAUCGAUCGCGUUAACUAAAAAUUGUAAUCAAUUUGAAAAAAAUUACAAACUAUUUAAUUGCUUAAUUGCAUGCGAUCAUACGGUUGCAUAUGUGCACGUUUGCUUGAAUAUAAACCAUAGGUUUGAUUUGAUAGCAAUCAAACAGUUUGUAAUUUUUUUACAAUUUGCCUGAGCUGUAAUGGAAUUAACACAAAAUAAUUUUAUAAAGGCUUAGAUAGACAUGCAAUUUUUAGUUUCGCAACUGUUCCAUUAUGUAUGUUAAUAUGUUUAUAUUAGACUUGAAGUUUAUAAGUAAAGUGUUUAAAAUUGUCAAAAUAAAUUUUUAAUCAAAGACAAGUUUAGAAUUUCAUUUUUUUUUGUAUAUUUUUGUUUACUUUUCCUACAUAUGUAAUUUUAAAAUUUACUGGAAUGCCUUAAAGAAAUUUUAUAUUUGUAUAAAUUUCAAUUUAGUUAUUUAGAAAAAUUUGUAUUUGAAAUAAAAUUUACGGUAUUAAUACGUAAUUCUGAAUUUUUAUAUGAAACCAUAUUAUAUAGAAAUAUUAUAGCAUUUGUACAAUUUCGAAAUUAGGUUUUAUUUUCAUUUAUGUAUGUAUAAGUACACAUACAGGAUGUUUCGCAUAAGGUGGCAAAUAAUUCCAAGAAUGAUUUUUUUAUCAAUUUCCAACAAAAAAUUGUAUGGUUGGGGACUGCAGAUAUGUUCGUUUUCGAGCUACAGCUUGUUGAAAAAAAAGUACUGGAAUUUUCCUGCAUAUAAAUAAUUACUUAUAUAAAUAUAAUAAUUAUUAUAUAAAUAAUUACAGAAAAGCCCGUUACUAUUUUUUGCAACAGGCUGUAGCUCAAAAACGAGUACAUCUGCACCCUUCCCUCCAACCCAUGCACCAAUUUUUUGCUGGAAAAUGAUCAAAGAUUCAUCCCUGAAAUUAUUUGCCACCUUAUUCGAAAUAUCCUUUAUAAAUAUCUACAUAAUUUUUUUUAAUUUACUUUUUUCCCAUAUGUUUUUUAUUUUACAACAUAUUUUACUUUGACAUUCAAAAAUGUUUGAAAUUCGUAUCAAAUUCGUAGUAUCAAAAUUGUUGCAUAAUUGUACAUGCCUUCAAAAUAGCAGCAAUAUGGUAUAAAUACUUAAUUCAACAAUUAGAAUACAUAAGCUGAAUUUUGUAUAAAUAUUUUAUUACUGCAAUUUUGAGAUCAGAGUGUAUUGCUACAUAAAUUUACGUACAGGAAUACACCCUGACCUAAAAACUCAACUUAUAAACUGAAUUUUAUACCGUUUAGUGCAAUUUUGAAUUUAACGAUUUUUAUGUAUAUUUAUACACAAUUAAUCUUCAAAUUUUUUCACAAUAUAGGCGUUAUAUGUUACUUUACAUUUUAAUAGCUUAAUUGUGUUGAAAAUUUUAUAUUAUAAAUUAUGGUAGUCCCUAUAUACCUAUAACGUAAAUGACUUACCACCAUAAUUAUAUCCAUUCAUAAUGUAUAUAUAUAUACAAAAUGUUCUUCCAUUUUAUAAACAAACAUUUUAGAUAUCAAAA